AGCCACUGAGAGCACGGAGGGUUUAUGUUCAAAAGGACUUUAGAGGGGCUGCUUUUCUGCCUUCAAGCUGCCAGUUUCCAUUUAGAAUGAGUAAAAACUAGUAGAUAAAUGUAAUAAUAUCAACACGUUACCCGGCUGUUCGUUGUUUGGGCUCAGGAGACGGACUGCCCCAGUUUUGUUUGAGUGUCCAGCAGAGCCCAUGAGGGAGAGACUUUGCAGAGGAAUGAGGCCAGAACAGGAAAUCCCCCGAUGUUGUUCGUCCUGAUUGUUCUUUAGAGACGGUGCAGAGGCAUGGCCCUGCAGGCAUCUCCCUUUCCUAAUGGGUUUGUUGCAGGUGUCCACGCUGUGGGAUGGGCCUUCAUCCUGCCGUGUUUCUGGUUUCUGGAUCGCCUCAUUGCUGUGUGCAAGUCCACCACCUUGGAGCGAACCCAGCGACUGGAGCAAGAGUGCUACCUACACCCACUCAAAGUCUUCUUCGGCUCCAUUGUUUUCUUCAUUCUGUUUGUCGCUACUGCUCCUUUGGCUUUCCUUGGCUUUCUGCUCUGGGCGCCUCUUCAGGCCUGCCGCCGGCCGUUUUACUACCACAGAGAGCCGCCGUCUUCGCCGGAGAACGAGACACACAGAGGCUUUGAAUUGGUAGGAAAGGCGUCAUUUGGCUUCGCCACCGCUAACCUGUGUCUGCUGCCUGACAGCCUGGCUCGCUUCAACAACCUUGGCCACACUCAGCACAGGGCAUCCGCCAUCGGCCAGCGCAUUGUGCAGGGUGUGUGUCGACCUCAUAUCCGCAUCUUUGUCGACUCCCCCAGCAGCUGCGGCACCCUCAGCCCCUCCAGCAGCUUCCUCCCCACAGUUAACUCAGUGACAUACGGGGCAACAGACAGACAGGUACAACCCACGGUUAGUCAGCCUUCUGACACAGCUGUUCCGAUGUCAAAGUCCAACAGUCAUGUAGUUUGUGUGCCCUGUGAUGAUACAGAAGAAUCGCCAACUGAGUCGCCUCCCCCUCUCCUCAAUUCUAACCAGAACUCUAACCAGCAGGGCCGAUCGGGUCAUCGGAGUGCUCCCCGAGCUCUGCUGUCUCAGGGUCUCCGGCAGCAGGACGACGUGCCCUGGGAGGUGUCGUCACUGUUUCCCUCCAACAUUGACAUUCUGUGCCUAGAAGAGGUGUUUGAUAAGAGGGCAGCACAGAAGCUCACCGAUGCACUAAAACCCGUGUAUGGACACAUACUGUAUGACAUUGGUGUGUACGCCUGCCAGCCGCCGUGCGGAUGCUCCUCCUUUAAGUUCUUCAACAGUGGCCUCUUCCUAGCCAGCCGAUUCCCCGUGCUUGAGGCCCAGUACCACUGCUUUCCCAACAGCCGCGGGGAAGACGCACUGGCUGCCAAGGGCCUCCUCUCUGCUAAGGUGCUGAUCGGACAGAAUCAGAAACGGCAGCGAGUCGUCGGCUACUUCAACUGCACACACCUUCACGCACCGGAGGGUGAGGGGGUCGUUCGCUGUGAGCAGCUGAACAUGGUAACCAAGUGGAUCGGCGAUUUUCAAGCUGCCAACAGACGGCCCGAUGAGGACGUCGUCUUCGAUGUGCUCUGUGGCGAUUUCAACUUCGACAACUGCUCACCUGAUGACAAUCUGGAGCAGAAUCACUGCCUGUUUGAGGAAUACAGAGAUCCUUGCAGAGCAGGACCUGGAAAAGAGAAGCCUUGGGUCAUUGGUACACUGCUGGAGCAGCCCACACUGUAUGACGAUGACGUAAACACUCCAGAAAAUUUACAAAGAACUUUGGAAAGCGAUGAGCUAAGAAAACAGUACAUCUCUCCUCCCGUUCCUGCAGUGGGAAUACCGAUGGUUUACCCAGAAACUGGCCAGCCGUGGAUCGGACGUCGGAUCGACUACAUCCUCUUCCGUGAAAACUCAAUUUCAAAGCACUGCCGAACAGAAAUUGAGGAGGUGACCUUUAUAACCCAGCUGGCCGGCCUCACGGACCAUAUUCCUGUGGGCUUGAGACUGAAUGUGACUAUGGACUCUGCUGAUGAAUGAGAAGUAACUCAAACAGAAACCCCUGCUUUACUCUAGACAAGCACGACAAUGUUUGGAUUACAUACUUGAACUCGUGAUUUCAAUGAAUAUGUUCUGACCAAUGAGAUUGUACCUCAGGUGGAAUUUAUGCGAAUUUACUGAUUUUUUUUCUAAUGUGUGCGAUUUUAACAUUUUAAUCUGUGCAAGCCAGAGGUGUUGAUUUUUGUAAAACGAUAUAUUUUUAGUAUUUUUCAUCCUGGAAAUUUUCCUACAGAAAUAAAUGCAAGGAAUGAA